AUCGCUAACGCUCACUCUCAUACUCAGUCGCGGCGGAGCUCAGGUCGGAAUAACGGUGCGGGCGAAUGAUGCUGGGAAUGAUGCCUGCGGUUGGAGCCGUGGGAGUCGGGCUGUUCUGCGCGCUACUUGUCGCCAUCAUGCCCGGUGGCAUGUCAGACAUAGCGACUCUGGUGCAGGAUCCGGUCCGAACCGAAUCGUCCCUGCUGAAGCCAAAAAUCAUGAUCGCCAUUCUGGCUCGCAACGCGGCGCACAGCCUGCCGCACUACCUGGGCUGCAUCGACAGGCUAGACUACCCGAAGGAGCGGAUCGCUAUUUGGGCAGCGACAGACCACAGUGUGGACAACAGCACAGCCAUGCUGAGGGAGUGGCUGAAGCAGGCCCAGGACCAGUACCACUAUGUGGAGUGGAGACCCAUGGAGCAGCCCAAGUCCUAUACUGAUGAGUGGGGGCCCAAGCACUGGCCUCCGUCCCGCUUCAACCAUGUGAUGAAGCUGAGGCAGGCUGCUCUGAAGGCAGCACGGGAACGCUGGGCAGAUUAUAUACUGUUUGCAGACAGUGAUAACCUGCUGACCAACCCCAGGAUCCUGAACCUACUCAUGGCUGAGAACCUGACUCUGGUGGCUCCCAUGCUGGAGUCUCGCUCUCUCUACUCCAACUUCUGGUGUGGCAUCACUCCCCAGGGUUACUAUAAGCGUACUCCAGACUACCAGCCAAUCAGGGAGUGGAAGCGUCUGGGUUGCUUCGCCGUACCCAUGGUGCACUCUACAUUCCUGUUAGACCUGAGGCGUGACGCCAGUCGGGAGCUGGCCUUCUACCCCCCUCACCCUGACUACAGCUGGGCCUUCGAUGACAUCAUGGUAUUCUCCUUCUCCGCCCGACAGGCAGAUGUCCAGAUGUAUGUGUGUAACAGAGAACACUAUGGCUUCCUGCCGGUUCCUCUGAAGGCCUCACAGAAUGUUGACGAGGAGAAGGAGAGCUUCACACACACUAUCGCUGAGGCCAUGAUUGACCACAACAUAGCGCCCUCAGAGUACUUGUACAAUCCCCAGAUUCCGCAGGACAAGAUGGGCUUUGAUGAGAUCUUCCUGAUCAAUCUGAAACGUCGUCUGGACAGGAGACAGAGAAUGUUGAGCACCAUGACCUCUCUGGGUCUGCAGGCCACCCUUACUGACGCAGUGGAUGGCAAGGCUCUGAACACUUCUCAACUGCAGGCGUUGGGUAUAGAGAUGAUUCCAGGUUAUCAGGACCCAUACUCUGGCCGUGUUCUAACCAGAGGAGAGAUAGGCUGCUUCCUCAGCCACCACUCCACCUGGGUACAGUUGGUGGAGCGUGGUCUUUCCAAGGUGCUGGUGUUGGAGGAUGAUGUGAGGUUUGAGCCCAGAUUUAAGAGGCGAAUGAUGACCAUCAUGGAGGAAGUAGAGAAGGCCCAGCUGGACUGGGAUCUCAUCUAUGUGGGGCGUAAGCGUAUGCAAGUGCGUCAGCCGGAGCGUUCAGUGGAAGGGGUUAAUAACCUGGUGGAGGCGGACUACUCGUAUUGGACGCUGGGCUAUGCUCUGUCAGCGCAGGGUGCCAGGAAGCUGCUGGCUGCUCAGGCCUUCAACAAGAUGCUACCUGUUGAUGAGUUCCUCCCCGUCAUGUUCAACAAACACCCCAAUUCUGACUUCAUGUCUCACUUUGAGCCUCGGGAUCUGAAGGCCUUCUCCGUGGAACCCCUCCUCCUCUACCCCACCCACUACACGGGCGAGCCAGGCUACGUCAGCGACACAGAGACCUCCACCAUCUGGGACGACGAGGCCACCGCCACCGACUGGGACCGCCAGCACCAGCAUGCCAGGAAGACAGAACAGCAAGGCCGCAUCCACACCGUGGCCCAGAACAGUGUGACGGGAGACUCACCUCCACCCGCUGCCCGCUCCACACGAGACGAACUCUGAGGAAGAAGAGAUAGACUUGUUUACACACAGACAUACACAUAGGUUUACACACACACACCUGGACGGACACACACUGCACAGGCAUGUGCACUGCACACACACACUCACACUCAAAGACCCAACCAACUGGAUACACACUAAACUGCUCCGCUCUGUGCUCUUUCUCAUUGGCUAUCUGCUGGCUAAUAGCAUAACAGCAGGCUGAGAUGCGAAUCCCAUUGGCUGCCUGGUGAGGGGCGGAGUGGUCUGUGCACUGAGGAAUAGGAAGUGGGCUUCAGGCCCAGGACCCCAGCUUAAUUUAUUCCCCAUCCACUCUACAUGACACAUACACACACACACCUUGGAUAGAUGCAAGGGACUGGGGGGGGGGGGGGGC